UCAGAUCUCCAUUUCCCAAUCAUCUUUCUAACUCUCUAUAUUCUACUUAUUCCAGAUAUAUGUAUCGCCUGCAUUCUACUUGUUGACUCUCUCUUGAAGCUGCAUUUUUCUCGGGAUUGUGAUGGAUCGACGGGGUUGGCUUUGGAAGAAAAAAUCGUCUGAUAAAACUGAUAAAGCGGCUGUUGCAUCAGAAGCUGCUGCGGGUUCUCGCGGUGAACAGGAUAAUUACAAAAAACCAAACUAUGUCCAGAUUUCUGUCGAAUCAUAUUCACAUCUUACUGGUUUGGAGGAUCAAGUUAAGACAUAUGAGGAACAAGUUCAGAUGCUGGAGGAUCAGAUUCAGGACUCGAACGAAAAGCUGUCUGCAGCCCAAGCAGAAAUUACUACCAAAGACAACUUGGUGAAGCAACAUAAUAAGGUUGCUGAAGAAGCUGUCUCAGGUUGGGAGAAGGCAGAAGCAGAAGCUUUGGCACUGAAAAGUAAUCUGGAAUCUGUUACACUUUCCAAGCUCACUGCUGAAGAUCGGGCAUCUCAUCUGGAUGGUGCCCUUAAAGAGUGCAUGCGGCAAAUACGAAAUUUGAAGGAAGAACAUGAACAGAAGUUGCAAGAUGUCGUUCUAACCAAAAACAAGCAAUUUGACAAAAUUAGGCUUGAAUUUGAAGCAAAGAUAGCCAACUUAGACCAGGAACUCCUUAAGUCUGCUGCUGAAAAUGCUGCCAUUUCAAGGUCAUUACAAGAGCGUUCUAACAUGCUAAUCAAGAUAAAUGAAGAGAAGGCACAAGCUGAAGCUGAAAUUGAGCUUUUGAAGAGUAAUAUUGAAUCCUGUGAAAGGGAAAUAAAUUCACUCAAGUAUGAGCUCCAUUUGGUUUCCAAAGAGCUAGACAUUCGUAAUGAAGAAAAAAAUAUGAGCAUGAGGUCAGCAGAAGCAGCAAACAAGCUGCACACGGAAGGUGUGAAAAAAAUAGCUAAGCUUGAAGCUGAGUGCCAGAGAUUGCGUGGUCUUGUGCGGAAGAAGUUGCCUGGUCCUGCUGCACUUGCACAAAUGAAGCUAGAGGUUGAGAGUUUAGGCCGAGAUUAUGGAGAUACUCGGCUUAGGAGGUCACCUGUUAAGCCAUCUAGCCCCCAUCUGUCUCCAGUUCCUGACUACUCCAUUGAGAAUGUUCAGAAAUUCCAUAAAGAGAAUGAGUUUCUAACUGAACGUUUGUUGGCGAUGGAAGAAGAAACAAAGAUGCUGAAAGAAGCUUUGGCAAAGCGUAAUACAGAGUUGCAGGCUUCAAGAAAUCUUUGUGCUAAGACAGCAAGUCGGCUUCAAAGUUUAGAAGCUCAAAUGCAACAGAAAAAUCCUUCAAAGAUUCCUGCUGAAGCCUAUUCAGGUCAAGGUGCUAGUAAUCCACCUAGCUUAACUUCUAUGUCUGAAGAUGGAAAUGAAGACACAGUAAGUUGUGCUGAGUCUUGGGCUACUGCAUUGAUUUCUGAGCUCUCCCAUGUCAAGAAGGAUAAUAAAAGUGAUGAGUCAAAGAAGGUAGAAAAUGCUAAUCACUUGGGGCUCAUGGAUGACUUUUUGGAGAUGGAGAAGUUAGCCUGUUUAUCAAAUGAUCCUAAUGCAAAUGGCUCCAUUCCUAUUUUAGACUCUUCAAAUGGUACAAAAUCAGAUACUCUCAGCUUUGAUGCUUCUGCAGAGGUUACUGCUCACAAAGAUCUUGAGUCUGAAAAGCAAAAUGAUCUGAAACAUUCUGUAAAUCAAAAUUCUCCUAAUGUAGAUUUGUCAGCAGAGAGUACUCAAUCCAAUGUAGAUGAGCUGCCGGUGAUGAGGCUCCGCUCAGGAAUAUCACUUGUGCUUGAAUCUAUGCCCAAGGACGCUGAUAUGGAUAAAGUUUUGGAGGACAUUAAACGUGUUGUUCAAGAUGUACAUGAUUCUCUUUGUCAGCACUCGAUAACUCAAAACUCUCAGAAUGUACCGAGUUUGGAUGCCACCUGUGAAGGUACUACUUUAAUUGCAAAGAAUGAGAUCUCCUUGUCACCAGAUAGCAAGACAUCAGUAAUUUUGCAGGUAAUCAGCCAAGAAUUAGCAGCUGCCAUUUCUCAGAUUCAUGACUUUGUAAUUUUCUUGGGUAAAGAAGCAGGGGCACUUCAUGACGCCUCUGCACAUGUCAACGGAUUCAAGGGAAAAAUUGAGGAGUUCUCUAUCACAUUUAACAAGGUGCUGAGCAGCGACAAGAAUUUGGCUGACUUUGUUCUGAAUCUUUCCCAUGUAUUAUCUGAAGCUAAUGAAUUAAAAUUCAGUAUCCUGGGCUUUAAGGGCAGUGAAUUAGAAAUUCACAGUCCAGAUUGCAUAGAUAAGGUUGUUCUACCAGAGGAUAAGGUAGUUCAGAAAGCUUUAUCAGGAGAAAGGUAUAAAAAUGGCUGCACCAAUAUUUCUAGUCCUACCUCCAAUCCUGAAGUUCCUGAUGAUGGGAAUGUAGUUUCUGGCUAUGAUACAAACAACUCAGCUGGCAAAUUCACAUUGGAGGAGUUUGAAGAAUUGAAAUUGGAGAAAGAAAAAACACAAUUGGAUCUGGCUCGGUCAAUUGAGAAUCUGGGGGUAACUAAGUCUCAGCUACAAGAAACUGAGCAGCUUCUAGCAGAAGUCAAAUCACAAUUAGCUUCCGCUCAGAAGUCAAAUAGCUUGGCAGAGACACAGCUUAAAUGCAUGGCAGAGUCUUACAGGACACUUGAAACACGUUCGGAAGAGUUAGAAACUGAGCUGAACCUUCUGCGAGGAAAAAUAGACAAUUUAGAAAAUGAACUUGAAGAUGAAAAAAAUAGAUACCAUGAUGCCUUGACCAGAUGCAAAGAACUUGAAGAACAACUGCAAAGGAAUGAAAAUUGCUCCAUCUGUUCUGCUGCUGCUGAUCUUGACCUCAAGAAUAAACAGGAGAAAGAGUUAGCUGCUGCUGCAGAAAAGCUGGCAGAGUGUCAAGAAACCAUAUUUCUCCUGGGCAAGCAGUUAAAAGCAUUGCGGCCUCAAACAGAGCAAAUUGGAUCCUCCCCAUUCAGCGAGAGAAGUCAAAGGGGUGAAGACGAACCAAGUAUUAGUGGCACCAACCUGCAAGAGUUGGACCAGGCAGAGAUUGAUACUGCUACCUCUUCCAAUGUUCAAAGAGUAGGAGCAGAGUCUCCCAACUUUUGUAACUCCCCGUGCAGCCCGUCUGAUACUGAAGCAAACAAUCUCAUGAAAUCACCCAUCAGUUCAAACCAUCCAAAACAUAGGUCCACAAAGUCAACCUCUUCAUCCUCUUCGUCUGCGCCAACACCGGAGAAGCAUUCGCGGGGAUUUAGCAGGUUCUUUUCCUCAAAAGGCAGGAGUGGUCAUUAGGAGGCACAACCUUUCUGUACCCAUUCUCCCUGAAUUUCUAUGGACUUUGAGCAAAUAAUUUUUGUAACUAUUGACUGUAUAUUAUUGUUUUAAUCUUUUUUCUCUUCUUUCCUGGAACUUUUGUAAUGUGAUUGAGUGAAACAUGACACAGCGACUAAACUGGUACAAAAAUAUUUUGGAUGUGGAAGCUUCGUUGUAUAUGAUCUCAUCAGUUUCUGAACAAGUUAUUGCAGAGGUUAUGCGGAGUGUAGGGUCUCUUAUAAUGGGCCUUUGGUGGGCUUAAGUUUAGGGUUUAGGUCCAACUGCUUGUGGUGGGUGAGAUUUGAAAUUUGGUCAAGUUGUUAUUCGUGUUGUGAUUGGAAUGAAAUUUUGAGUCCCCCCAACUUGUGGGCUCACAUUUCAAGGCA